AUGUUCUCCUCCUUGGGACGCUUUCGUGCAACUCCUUGUCCUCGACAGCAUGACUGCGACCUUCCCAUUUGCAUCUUCUCACACUGCGUUCCAACCCGUACUUUCGAUACAGGCGAGACGCUCGCGGUGGCGCAAGAAUAUGACCCUCUCAGUGCUGGAGAUGUGUCACCUCCACCUUCGAAGAGAAGGCGGCUAGAAUCCCCUCCGAGAGAUGUACAGCGUGUAGAUGGUGAGGACGCGAAGAAUACGCGUCUUUCGCCCCCGAUAUCGUCAGCGCCCAAAAGACAGUCAUCCCCGAGGGUAAAGUCGACGGCCACUUCCACAGAGCAUGAGGAAAUUUUGAAAGGAGGUCCUCGUACUGCGGUUCAAACAUCUGCCAACAGAGAACUAGCCUCCUUGACCAGGAAAGUCUCCCCACCACCAACGAAGAGGACGGAGGAGAUAUCACAAACAACCAAGAAGAACCCGCCAAAAGUGGAGACACUGACACCGCGCAACGUGAUCAAGGCACCGGCCCAGCUCAAAACCAGGUUGACAGUACUACAGAAACUCCACGAGCAAAUGAAAGCCCAGAACAGCAAGCUUGCCAGCUCGGACGCCAAAUGGAAACCGCUUGUUCUGGAUGAGCAGGAAUUGAUCACUUUCGCGCUCGACGAGGAAGAAGCAGCCACGAAACUGGAAGGCGACAUUUACAGAAACGCAGUCUCUCAGACCAUUAUGAGAAUCAAGAAGAUGACCACUGAGGAAUGGGUCAAGAGAGUUUCUGAGUGGACGGGUGUAUCGUCAUCCGCGAAGGUUCAACAAAACGUUACAAACCCUAGUGUCGACUUGAGUUCGAUAGGCCUCUCUUCCUUGAAUCAGCAGAUUGCCGUGCUCAGGCAUUUACGGACACGAUUGGAGGGACUGGAAAAGUAUGGAUAUGUCACGGCGCAGCCCUCUGCUGUGGAGAUUGCCACGGCGAAAGCAGGGGUCGCGGCAGCCAAAGGAUAUGAAACAUGCGAUAGAUGCGGUACCCGGUUUCAGGUCUUCCCAGGCCGAGAUGACCACGGACGCUUAACCAGCGGAGGGAAAUGUCGGUACCAUUGGGCCCGAGCAAACCGUCAAGGUCGAUCUGAAGCAGUCUACCCGUGCUGUAACAAGCCGGAAGGCAGUGAAGGCUGCUCGGAAGGCGAGACGCACGUUUUCGGGGUCAAAAAUCCCAAGCGCCUCGCAAGUAUUUUGCAGUUUGAACACACGCCCGACAAGCCCGGUGUCCGACCGUUGCAACCAGUGUCAUUCGACUGUGAGAUGGGUUACACCACGCUGGGGAUGGAAGUCAUUCGCGUCACCGCAGUGUCUUGGCCAGACGGAAGACUCCUACUCGACGCCUUUGUACGCACGUACGGGGAGAUUCUCGAUCUAAAUACCCGGUUCUCCGGGGUAACCAAGGAGAUAUAUGCAUCGGCGAAGCCUUAUCAGGCACCCUUUGUCGAAGGAGACGAGCUCCGUAGAGUGGACUCUCCCGCCGCGGCUCGACAGCUGCUCUUUGAUCUGAUCAGUUCCGAGACACCCUUGAUCGGGCACGCGAUCGAGAAUGACCUCAACGUCCUGCGCAUUAUACACCCCUUGGUCGUGGACACGGUACUGCUUUACCCCCACCCCCGCGGUCUGCCGGUCCGGUUCGGCCUGAAGACGCUCAGCCAGAAGUUUCUCUCGCGGGGAAUCCAGACAGCAGGCGAGGCGGGCCACGAUUCCAAGGAAGAUGCAGUCGCGACGGGCGAUCUCGUGACCAAGAAGGUGGCCGAGCAGUGGAAGCUCAUGAAGCUUCAAGGGUGGCGGUUCGUGGAAGGGAUCCUGACGGACCCAGACGAAGCGGUCAGUUUGGAUGGAGGUCAUUCGAUGCUUUGA